AUGUCCAGCGGUAAACGACGUAAUCCGCUUGGUUUGAGCCUACCGCCGACUGUCAAUGAACAAAGUGAAAGUGGAGAGGCGACAACGGUAAGAGAAGGGAUUUUCCAAACAUUUUUCACAAAUCGAAUAAAAUUUUGUAUUGAUUGAUUGAUUUCUAAAAAAAAUGGAGUUGGUGGGUGAAAAAAUUAUUUGAAAAGUGACAUUUCUGACGAAAAACUGAAUUUUGAAUUUUGGACAUUCUAGCGUCAAAACUGACUGAAUUUCCAAGAAAAUAAAUUAUGUUCGAAAAAAUGAAAAAAAAUUGCAUCUCGCAAAUUAUAGGUUCAAAGCCUAUAAUUUUAAGGUUUUUUCGGCUCCAAAAAUUUUAAUCUGAAUUCAAAAAAAGGGGAAAAUUUAAUUAUAGGUUUAGAUGGGGAAUAUCUCAGAAAACAAUAUCAUAACCCUCAAAAUUCACAGGAAGAACCAGCUACGAUUCCACUCGAAGAACAACUCAAAAAACUUGGUCUAACCGAACCACAAACUCAGCGGCUCAGCGAAUUCCUGCAAGUCAAGGAGGGAAUCAAAGAGUUGAGCGAAGAUAUGUUAUUAACCGAGGGGGAACUAGGACAUGGAAAUGGUGGAGUUGUGAAUAAGGUGAGUUGUGGUGCUUGAAAAUCCACGUUUUUUUUUGACACCAAAUAAGCCUUGUAUGCCCAAAUUUGAUUAACUUUACUAGAUUUACUGUAAGAUAAUUUAGGGCUGAUUCACGAACGAAAAAAAUGUUUUUUAAACAUUGAAACAUCAAUUCACGAAAAGUCAAAAAAUGUCGAAAAAACAUUGUAGGUCAAAGUUAGUUUUUCGAAUUUUUCAGCCAAAAAUGAUGACAAAUCGAUAUUUUUUAAGCUUCUGGAGUAAUUUCUGAUUAAAAUUGAUCUUGGAAUUCACUUUCCAGAAAGUUUUGCUGAUUUUUCGUAAAAUAAAAAUUUUUUAAUUUUGAUGAAUUUCGAAAAAAUUCAUAAAAUAAAGCAAAAUAGGGUUCUCGAAGCUUAUUUUCAUCAGAAAUUACUCCAGAAGCUUGAAAAAUCUAGAUUUGUCAUCAUUUUUGGCUGAAAAACUCGAAAAACUAAUUUUGACUUACAAUGUUUUUUUGACAUUUUUUGACUUUUCGUGAAUUGAUCUUUCAAUGUUAAAAAAAACAUUUUUUUCGUUUGUGAAUCAGCCCUUAAGUUUUUCCUAGGCCUAGGCUUAAAAAAUCCCAUUUUUUCCAGUGUGUCCACAAAAAAACCGGAGUAAUAAUGGCACGAAAAUUGGUACAUCUCGAGAUCAAACCGUCAGUCCGCCAACAAAUCGUCAAAGAGCUCGCCGUUUUGCACAAAUGCAACAGUCCAUUCAUCGUCGGUUUCUAUGGCGCAUUUGUGGACAAUAAUGAUAUUUCGAUUUGUAUGGAAUAUAUGGAUGGAUUGUCGUUGGAUAUUGUGUUGAAAAAGGUGAUUUUUGACCCAAAAAUCAGGAUUUUUCAUCCUAA